AGAGCUGUUAAGCUUCUUCAGACGAGGGGCACUGGAAGCUGAAACCACAACAAACAAAAUCUCUGAAGACAUAUUAAAGUGCUUGUCUAGCAUCUUAUUAAGGUUGAGUACAUCUAAAGGGAAGAUAGCAAAUCUAGAAUCCUUUUCCUCUUUAGGUGCAAAAUUUUUCAGUGAAAGCAAUGGGGAAAGAGAGUUACAGGAUCCGUACUGCAUCUGUUCAGAACUUAGGAAGCAAGAUAUUUGGCGGAUACAGAUAUAUACUUAACAUAGAUGCUAACUCUGUUAAUCUGAACUGGAAAACGAAUGCUUCGUUUCUGAUUCACAGGCUUAAGAUACUCCUCGGCAAGCUAUCAUCAGCGAAAUUAGAGGGUUGGAGCCAUCAGCAGAAGCUAGCUUUCUGGAUAAACACAUACAAUUCCUGUGUGAUGAAUGCAUUUCUAGAGCAUGGGAUUCCAGAGACUGCUGAACAAGUUGUCUCACUAAUGCAAAAGGCAAGUUCUGCGGUCAUUCUAGUCCAUUUUUCUUCAAAUAAUGCUGAUGCUAUGACUGAUUCGUUAAUACAUGUUUCUGCUUUAUAAAGUUGUAAAUACUAAUAUCUGGGCUGCAUUUAUGCCUUCUUGUGUUCAAAAUUUUUCUAAAACUCCUGGAUCAGUUAAAACUAUCCGUCUUGAAGGUUAUUCAGAUACUGCAGCAAAUGAAUUCCAGAAUCUGUUAACUUUCUGAAUAUUCUUCAUCAGGCAACAA